AAGAUAACGAUUCCAGCAGGUACAAGCCAGCCACAAAGGCAGAAUCAUCACUCUGUAAGAUACACAGAGAGGCGGAGAGCUUGUAAUAAAAAUAAAAAGCUCACUCUCCGUAAUUUCUUGCAAUUCAUGGCGGCCACAGCCCGAGCCUUCAUUCUAUCUCGCCUCACCGACCUCUCUCUCAAGCCUUGCCAACCACCGCCCCCGAUUUCCCGCCACCUUCUCGUCCGCCCUCUGCUCCCCUCCUUCCGACGGCGUCGUUUAGCCACCAGCUCAUCUCCCGCCGUUAGAUGCCUCAUAUCUGGCGUAGACGGUGGCGGCGUCUCGGACGAGUUCGUUUCGACUCGGAAGUCCGGGUUCGACCGCGGCUUCUCCGUCAUCGCCAACAUGCUGAAGCGGAUUGAGCCCCUCGACACCUCCGUUAUCUCCAAGGGCGUUUCGGAUUCCGCCAAGGACUCCAUGAAGCAGACGAUUUCUACUAUGCUGGGGUUACUCCCGUCCGAUCAGUUCUCCGUCACUGUUAGGGUUUGCAAAGCCCCUCUCGAUCGCCUCCUCGCCUCUUCCAUAAUCACCGGGUAAUUCACAUUUCUACGAUAUCUUUCUUUUCCUUCAAGCGGUCGGAUAUCGUUGAUGAGAAAUUUCGACAUUUCUUCGGAAAAUUCUAUGCCGUCCGAUCGGUCGAAGAUUGGUGGGGAAUCGGAGAUGGCAGAGAGUGAGGAAAUGCGUAGCAUAAAUGGCGUUGGGAUGAGUAGCGAACUCUUGGAUUCAACAGCUCCUCAAGUUUUUGGGGAUUUGUCUCCGGAGGCUUUGAAUUAUAUCCAGAGGUUGCAAUCGGAGUUGACCAAUGUGAAGGAGGAACUGAAAGCUCGAAAGCAAGAAAAUGUGCAAUUAGAAUAUGACAGAGGACAUAGGAAUGAUUUGUUGGAUUAUCUACGGUCCUUAGAUUCAAAUAUGGUGACUGAACUAUCUCGGCCAUCAUCAUUAGAGGUAGAGGAAAUUAUACACCAGCUUGUCCAAAAUAUAUUGCAGAGAUUCUUUAAAGAUGGGACUUCCUCAGAAUUUGUGGAAGAUUCCGUCCCAGCAAAUAUAGAGAAUGACCUAGAUGCUGAUGGCGAACUAUGUGAUACGGUGGGAACUUCACGAGAUUACCUAGCGAAGCUGCUUUUCUGGUGCAUGUUGUUAGGACAUCACUUAAGAGGCUUGGAGAACAGAUUACAUUUGAGUUGUGUUGUUGGAUUAUUGUGAUGAGAGGAAAGUGGGAGGCGUGUACAUUCUUCAUGUUCAUAUAUGUCAACCUUUCUAAAUCUACCUUUUUGGUUUUUUAUGUUCAUCUGUAUAAUUAUUCUUCUUUCAAAUGAAAGCUUCUUACGGAAUACCAAAUUAGUUAUCGCUUCAUGUUCCGACCUCUUCCAUCGUUCUAUAAAUCAACCUAUAAUGUACAUUUAAAUUCCA